UGUAAUAUGUACAAUGAGUAUUGGAAGUGGUUUCUUCAAUAUGGAGGAAGUAUUUUCCGUUUUAAAUAUACCGUUCAUGUCAUCUAAGUUGUACCAAAAAUGUCAAAAUCGAGUAGCUGAUGCUUGGGAGAGUGUUGCAGUACAAGUCAUGAAAGAGGCUGCAGUUGAAGAAGCCACAUAUGCCAUACAAAAUGGUAAAGUGGAUCAUGACGGUGUUCCAUUAAUAACUGUUGUGGCCGACGCUUGUUGGAGCAAAAGAUCUUACAAACAAAAUUAUAACGCGUUGUCAGGUGCUCAAUCAGGAAAAGUUUUGUACCUUGCUGUCAAAAAUAAAUUUUGUUGUCUUUGCGCUCAACAACCAGACAAAGACCACGUUUGUUUUAAAAAUUAUAAAGGAAGUUCCACAGGAAUGGAAUCAGAAGGUUUGGUACAAGGCUUUAAAGUUAGUGAAGAAGUAUACGGCUUGCGGUAUGCGACAGUGAUUGCUGAUGGAGAUAGCAGCACCUAUAAACGAAUAUUGGACUCAAGACCGUAUAAAAAUUUAACUGUAGAAAAAAUAGAAUGCUGCAAUCAUCUAUUACGAAACUAUUGCAAUAAAUUAACAGCAAUAACUAAAGAAACCAGAUUUAUGUUAAAGUUCCGUAAAAUAAUUGCCAAAAAUAUUUUACGUUUUCGUUCUGCGGUAAAUGGAGCAAUAAACCACAGACGAGAUGAAAAUAAGGAAAAUGCUGUACAUCUUUUAAAAAAGGACAUCGACAACUCUUUCUAUCAUAUUUUAGGCCACCACGACAACUGUGAAAAAUACUAUUGCACUCCAAAAGAAGAAACAAACUACGUUGUGGAAAUGAGAACUUCCUGUCCAGAAAUGUAUUAUAGAUUGCAACAAAUCAUCUCAUCAAUUUCAAAUCAAAGUAGGAGUCUUUUAAAGAAACAAAACAGUAACAUAGUCGAACAGUUUAAUUCAAUAAUAGCAAAAUUUGUGGGCGGUAAACGAAUAAAUUUUUCUCAAAGGAGAUCAUAUCAAGCUAGAUGUCAUGCAGCAGUUAUUUCAUUUAAUUCAAGAAGACUACACUCUACUACCAAAAAAUAUCGCGGUAGUAGUAUAAGCGGUAGUUUAUUGGAUAAAUUUGAAGAAAAAAGAAUAAAAUGUACGCUAUCAACUAAAAGAAGACGUCUUGAGAGAAGAGUAAGAAAGAAUAAUAAUAAAAAUGUUCAAAGUACAGAUAAAGAAUAUGGAGAUUCGUGUUUAAAGGCAGAUUUAGACGAAGAGUUAUUUGAGCAGGAAAAAGAAAGAUUUUUAGAAACUUUAAAUAUAACAGAGGCGGAAAAGCAGCAGCUUCAACGCGACACUAUAUUUCAAUCGGAUAGUGCCAGUCCCGAUGGUCUGGUAGGAAUUGAUGUUAUCGUAGAAAUUAAAUGUCCUUACACGGCAUACAAAAUGCACCCGGAUGAAGCCAUACGAGAACGAAAAAUUAAGUUCUGGAAUUAUAACAAAACAAAUAACACAUACGAGGUCAAUAAAAAACAUCAAUGGUAUUACCAAAUACAAGGCCAGAUGAAAGUAACAAAUCGCAAUGGCUGUAUUUUUGCCAUUUUCACAGGACAUGAAUUUCCAUUGAAAGUAGAAUACCUUAGACGAGAUAGAAAAUUUUGGAAUGAAAAUAUGGAGUACAAAUUAAAAAGGUUUUAUAACGAAUGUUUACUUCCGGAAUUGGUGGAUCCGCGACACUCCCGACAUAUGCCAAUUCGUGAACCAAACUAUAUUAUGUCGGCAAGAUUAGAAACGCCGAAAACAAGAAAAAGAAAGCGCGAAUAA